GAGACCUUGUCUCCCUUGGAAAUGGAACGUGGCCAAGGAAUGGUUGUUGGAAAAGGAAGAACUACUGCAAGGAAGAGUAAGAAGGACAAGAAUAAAAAGAACUCAAGCUUAAAGAUUCCAAAUGAGGUGGAAAACUCCGAAAUAUCAGUUAGACCAGAUUCUCCUUCCUCUGUUAUUUUCCAAGAUGAGAAACUGAAGUUUGAAUGUGCAUUUGAUAACUCAAAUCCCUAUAGUCCUCCUAAUCUGCUUUGUGGGAAGGACAUCAAUGCCCGAAGUACCCUGGAUAAUAUCUUACUAAGGUGUACUGAAGGUGUUUGUCAUACAGUUGCAGAGUGUAAACAGUCCUUGGGUAAAAUUGAGAAUCAAACUCCAUCUUCUCAAGUAGAAGCUUUGAGCUGUGAAGUAAAACAUGAUGCAAAUAAUCCUAUUUUUCCUGCAACACGGCUUGAUGGUCUUCUCAGCAGUGAAAGCAUGAAGUCUCAGACUUCUUUUCAUGCAAAUGAGUCUGAGGCAAAAGAUAUUUUGCCUCACAAACCAGCUAGGGCUUUUGAUGGAAGAAGAGAAUCUUCUUUGACUAAGAAACAAGAGAAAAAAAGUUGUUAUGCUGCUAGCCCUCCAACCUCUUCAGAGUGUUUCUCAUAUGAAUGGCCCAGUGUAGCUCCUUUUUAUUUUCCAUCUGUUAAUUCACAUCUUCCAGCUGCCACUGACAGAUUACAUUUAGAUGUUGGUCAUAAUUGGCGUAGUCCUGUUCGCCAACCUUUUAUAUCUGCAAUGGGUAAGACAAGAAAUACUACUGUUGAAGGUGGGUGCAACCCGACCCUGUCUCGACCAAUGCCAAUGAGUUUGGAUUGGCCCCCUAUGGUUCGAAGUUCAUGUGGAUUAGCAGCAUUGUUGACCUGUAAUUAUGAUUCUGGAUUCAUCACCAGGAGGCAGUCUUCUUUUCAGCAGAACCUUGCCAGUCAGAGUGUGCCAUUUAGUGCCAAAACCACUGAUGAUGAACACAAGUAUUCUCGGGAUUUCAAAGAUUUGUCUGAGCUGCCAAACACUCAGGAUGUUGGGGAUGAAUGCGACAGUCACUGGAUAUCAGAGGAAGAAUUUGAGGUGCAUGCAGUUUCUGGGAUGGAUUAUAAUCAAUACUUUGGUGGUGGCGUGAUGUAUUGGAACCCUUCUGAUCAUCUCGGGACAGGCUUCUCGCGCCCUCCUUCACUUAGUUCUGAUGAUAGUUCAUGGGCUUGGCAUGAAGCGGAUAUGAAUAGGGCAAUUGAUGACAUGGUUGCAUUCCCUUCUUCUUAUAGUACAACUGGUUUGACUUCUCCAACUGCUGCUUCAUUCUGUUCUCCUUUUGAUCCUUUGGGCCCUGGACACCAGCCACUUGGUUAUGUUGUUUCAGGAAAUGAAGUACCUGGCAAAGUGUUGCAUUCUUCAUCAACUACGAAUGAAGCAGCAGCUGACGAGGAGAUUUCUGGAUCUCUCGCGAGUUUAUCUGCUGAUGUUGAAGGAAAUACAGGAGAUUCACUUUCUUAUCCCGUCUUGCGUCCUAUCAUCAUUCCUAAUAUUUCAAGGGAAAGACCAAGGUCUGAAUUUAAGCAUGGUUUUGAUCUUAAAAGCCCGUGUGUUCCCCCUACUAGGCGCGAGCAACCUCGGAUAAAGCGGCCGCCAUCACCUGUAGUGCUAUGUGUUCCGCGUGCUCCACGGCCACCUCCACCCUCUCCUGUGAGCGACUCUGGAAAGAAGAGGGGCUUUCCAACUGUUAGGUCUGGUAGCUCUAGCCCAAGACAUUGGGGUGUGAGAGGUUGGUAUCAUGAUGGAACUAACUUAGAGGAAGCUUGUUUAAGAAUGGAUGGUGCUGAAGUUGUUUGGCCUUCUUGGAGAAACAAAAGUCUCUCAGCUUGUCAAAUGAUUCAACCUCUCCCCGGGGCAUUGCUGCAGGAUCGUCUGAUUGCAAUGUCCCAGCUAGCUCGUGAUCAGGAACAUCCAGAUGUGGCAUUUCCCUUGCAACCACCUGAGGUGUUUAACUGCUCUACACGGAAGGCAUCUUUCUCUUUGAUGCACAACCUCCUUCAUGAUGAAAUUGACUAUUUCUGCAAGCAGGUUGCAGCAGAGAACAUGGCUCGUAAGCCAUACAUUAAUUGGGCUGUCAAGAGGGUCACUCGUUCUCUCCAGGUCCUGUGGCCCAGGUCUAGGACAAAUGUAUUUGGUUCAAAUGCAACUGGUUUGUCCCUUCCUUCUAGCGACGUGGACCUUGUUGUUUGCCUUCCUCCUGUGAGGAACUUGGAGCCUAUUAAAGAAGCUGGAAUUUUGGAGGGUCGCAAUGGUAUUAAAGAAACUUGUCUUCAGCAUGCAGCCAGGUAUCUUGCCAAUCAGGAAUGGGUAAAAAAUGAUUCUCUGAAGACCGUGGAAAAUACUGCUAUUCCUAUUAUCAUGCUUGUGGUUGAAGUUCCAUGUUAUUUGGUUUCUACUGCAACCUCUAAUGUGCAACCACUGAAAGAUCAGUCAACUUGUACGGAUGUUGAUCGAGGCAACCGUGUCUCCUCUGAUAUGAUAGAAGAUUCUAGUUCACCAAAGUGCUCACACAGUAUUUAUGAAGAUAUGAUAGAUGUGAAAUCAGUUCGCCUUGAUAUUAGUUUUAAGAGUCCAUCACAUACAGGACUCCAAACUACGGAGCUGGUGAAAGGGCUGACAGAGCAAUUUCCAGCAGCCACACCUCUUGCUUUGGUACUAAAACAGUUCUUGGCAGAUCGUAGCUUAGACCAAUCAUACUCUGGGGGCUUAAGUUCUUAUUGCCUUGUGUUGCUCAUUACACGUUUUCUGCAACAUGAGCAUCAUCUCGGCCGACCCAUCAACCAAAAUUUUGGAAGCCUUCUGAUGGAUUUUCUUUACUUCUUUGGGAAUGUCUUUGAUCCUCGCCAAAUGCGUGUAUCUGUGCAAGGAAGUGGAAUCUAUGUCAACCGUGUUAGGGGUUAUAGCAUUGAUCCAUUACACAUUGAUGAUCCUCUUUUUCCGACAAAUAAUGUUGGGAGAAAUUGCUUCCGAAUACAUCAGUGUAUAAAGAAUUGA